AUGGAAAUAGCAAAUAAUAAUAGACCUUCCUCUAAAAUUGAACAAUCAUUAGCACUCUGGAUUGAUCAGGCAGCAAGUGAUAAUUGUACUUUAUCUGGGCAUAUUGUUAUUUCAAAAGCUAAAGUUUUUGCCCAACAUUUUCAGAUAAAUGACUUCAAAGGAUCAAAUGGGUGGUUUGUUAGAUUUAAAAGACGAUACAAUAUUUCUGAACAUGUUCGUUGUGGUGAGGCAAAUUCCGCACCUUUGGAAGAAUUAAUUGAUGCAUAUGACAAUAAGAUUAAUCAACAAAUACCUGUACCAAAACUUACAAUAUUUGAUGCUAUUUCUUUUACUGCAGAAGCAUGGAACCUUGUUUUGCCUAGUACAAUUGUUUCAUGCUGGUUUAAAGUUGAUAUCCUUCCUUCUUUGGAAAAUAUUGAAGAUUAUUUAAUUUUACCAUCUGAUGAUGAUACAGAUUCAAUCCAAGAAAUGAUUGGUUGUUUUAAUUUUGAUGAUUCAUUAUCUGCUAAUGACUACAUAGAAAUAGAUUUGAGAUUGCAAAAUCAGGAUAAAUUAGCUGAUCAAGAAAUCAUUGAACUAUGA